AUGUCGCCGAGAUCUACGGCCGGGUCUCCCGAACCAGGAGGCACUCGUAAACGGCGCCGCACUCCGUUGGCAUGUGAUGAAUGCCGCGAUAGGAAGCGCAAGUGUGACGGCGCGAAGCCUGUAUGCGGCGCAUGCCGUCGACGAAGCAUCACGAGUUGUGUCUGGAACGAGGAGAGGAUCAGCAAGGUGUGGACCAAUAGUUAUGUUGAGGGUCUCAGGGCUCGAAUACGAGAGCUUGAGUCGUCACAGAAUCAUCCAUCGGGCCAAUCUGUUCAUAGACUUCUGUUACCAGAGUUGUCACCGCCGGAACCCGCCAAUGCCAGCCCGGAGAUGGAGAUGCCCCAGCCAAUGGCGCAGCUAACAAGCCCACCAGCUGAACAGACUACAGAGAACCUGCCGCCCUACUAUACCAACGUACAGGUUGAAUACGGACCUGUCGUAAAUAAUAGCUUUCCUGAUUCGCCGAAGGCAUUGUCGCAUUCAUUAUUGUGCAGCAAGCCCUCUCCAGCCUACCAGGACCCAGAUCCAGAUCCGGAUCCUGACGCCGACUCAAUUAGCGACGGCACUGAUGUUAACGCAAUGGGUGUCAUAGCUCCCUUGAAUAGCAUCAGUGGUAGGCGAAACCGGAGACCUUCUGAGUAUUUUGGUCCCUCCAGCACUGCAAGUCUGGUAGACAGAGCAAGGAAUGCUAUGGGCCAACAGUGCCGUAAACACUGGUCUGUAUUGAAUGAUAGGCCGUGCUCCCAAUGCCAACAUGAACUGGUCUCUGUCAUGAGCCCGUCUUGUGCUUCAUCUGGGCGCUCCCACUCACUCAAGACGGACAGUGCGGUAUUUGGCAUGACGGUCCCUCCACGCGACGAAGCCAACGAUCUUGUGGAAAAUUACUGGCGUUGGACACACUCACUCUAUCCAUCUAUCCAUCGGCCGUCGUUCGAGGAACGCUACCGUAUGGUCUGGUACCCUCAGACUGGGCCACGCUGUCUUGGCAUAGAGGCCCAUACCAUCACGCGGGCGGGCCUUUAUACCUCUAUGGGUGACCGUCUAUUCUACUGCAUGCUCAACAGCGUGUUUGCUUUAGGUGCCCUCUUCAGCCCUAGGAUGGGCCACAAAGACCGGGAUCAAUUGAGCCGCAGCUUCUUUGAGCGCGCUAAGAAGCUCAUGGAUCUAGACAUGCUCGCUGCAGGUAGUUUGGCUCUCGUACAGACAUUGCUGCUCAUGGGCCAGUACCUACAGAGCACUGAGAUGUCGAGCACUUGUUGGAACAUCGUCGGGCUUGCGGUACGUGUCGCCCAGAACAUUGGGCUACACCAUGAUCCCAAAAACUGCAACCAGGGCUGCUGCCCAGCACAGGCUCUUGACCAAGCGGAGACAGAGAUGAGAAGACGGGCAUGGGCGGGUUGUGUGUUGCUGGAUCGGGUCCUCUGCUUGACGUACGGGCGGCCCUUGAUAGUCCACGCGGCCAUGUCGCAGGGCCAGCUCGUCCUUCCACUAGCGAUAGAUGAUGAAUAUCUAACACGGCUUCCGGAUGCUCCAGGAUCGCAGCCAGAUGAAAUACCGAGCCUGACAGAAUGUUAUACUCAGACGGUCCAACUGCAAGAAAUCCUAGGCGAGGUCCUAACCACGUUGUACCAUUCGGAUCCCAACCCAAGCCCGGGACCUUCGCUCAGCAGUGGGGCAAAAAAUGUCGAUUUCCACAAGCUUUUCACCGUUGAUAGUCUACUCACAGCAUGGCAUAGAAGACUGCCAUCACAUCUUCAAGCCAGUCAGUAUAAGAAUAGCGGAGAGCCCCCCACGCUUAACCUAUCAAAUAGAGAGGUGGUGUACCGUAGGCAGGCGACAGUUCUGGAGGUUAGAUAUCUGCACGUUCGUUUAAUGAUGCUCCGGCCGGUUUUGUCAGGCCUCUGUGAUCCAGCAUCUCAAUCAAGUGAAUUAAGCACGGGUUCGAUGCAAGAUGAAAUGGUGAUCAAGGCAGCCGACCAAUGCGUGUCUGGAGCACAGGAAUUAUUACAGCUCAUUGAGGAGAAUAUGUAUUUUAAGACGGACCUCCUUGCUCCACCGUGGUACACGGUCUUCUUCUUCUAUGCUCUCCAAAGCAUAUCCAAUCUCUCAAACGGUACCAGAGUCGAAGCCGUGCGGCGGGACGUUGCCGCAAAUUUCUCAUCUCGGUGCAGCAAGAAGUCUUUCACUACCGAAAUCGAACCGGUUUGUCUCCCUUUAAAUCCAAAUAUGCAGGUCACCAGGGUAACAAAUAUGGAUGCAGGAAUGAUGAACGAUUUAGGUGCCCUCGAAACCCCGGACACCGUAGCCGUGCCGAGCCGUGAAAAUGGCUAUGUGCGACCAGACCUUUCUACCUGGAACGAAGAUCCAAGCCAACUGUCUCGUUCGGACAUUGUACAGGAAGAUAGACGCUUUGAUCAGCACGUUUGGAUGUAUAAUACGCCUGAUAUUGCGUGGCUAACACAAGGAUUGUAUUACGAAGAGCAGGCAGAAAACGAAAAGAUCAUGUCAUUGCUCGAGAGCGGAACGGUUCCUCUGUGGAUCGGCAACGAGGCUGUCUUGUCGAGCAUUACGUUCCCAGUAACCAACAGUGACACUGGUAAGUCCCUGACGGCACACGGCGCUACACUGGAGAUUGUUCAGAAUGCAAUAGACAGUAGCUACCAGGCCUUUAACAUCUGGAAACGGAGUAGCCCAUGGCGGCGGCGGGAGAUGUUCACCAAGGCGGCGAAUCUGCUACAAGAGCGUAAAGAUGAAGCGGCAGCUAUCUUGCGGGCAAGUAAAAUCAUCGUGACAGAUGCCCGACGUGUCGAGACGCCAAUUGACGAUUUUAUGGUCCAUCAAAUUAAUAUUCAGACCAGUAUCGACCUCUUGGAAGAACUAGCGGGCCAGAUCAUGCACACCACGGAUGCUGUCGUCCAGCCCAGUAAGCAAUCAGAUGAUAUGCUGGCCAUGGUCUUCCGAGAACCUCUGGGUGUUCAGGUCGGCAUCGCACCCUGGAACGCGUCAUUAUUUCUCGGUAUGCGGGCAGUGGCAACGCCCAUCGCUUGCGGCAACACAACAAUUCUCAAGGCUUCGGAGAAGACCCCAAUGGUUCAUCACUUCAUCGGCAGGCUUUUUCACGACGCAGGCUUCCCGGCGGGUGUGCUCAACGUCAUACAGCACUCGCAGGAAGACGCCGCAUCGAUUGUGAACGCCCUCGUCUCGGACAGCCGUGUACGAAAGAUCAAUUUCACAGGCAGCACAGCUGUGGGCAAGAUUAUAGCAGCCAACGCUGCGAAGCACUGUAAACCAGUUCUGCUUGAACUGGGCGGUAAGUCUGCACAGCUCGUGCUCACAGAUGCCGACCUCGAUAAGGCAGCACAGGCAGCCGCCAUUGGAGCUUUCACACACCAUGGGCAGGUAUGCAUGUCGACGGAGCGGAUCCUUGUAAGUAAAAGUGUCCUCGACAAGUUCUCGGAGAAGCUCGCCGCAAGUUCGAUGCGGUUGGGUAAGAACGUUUGUCAUGGGGCUUCAGUGGACAAGAUUGCAGCACUUCUAGAGGAUGCCUGGGCAAAGGGAGCAAGAAUUCUGGGUGGCGGAGAGGGUGCGCACCAAGAUGGCUCGUUCUUGACGCCUCGGAUCCUCGUCAAUGUGACUAGGGAAAUGAAGAUCUGGCAUACUGAAACAUUCGCCCCAGUCGCCCUGCUCAUACCUUUCAGCACAAUCGACGAAGCCGUGGCAUUGGCCAAUGACACGACAUACGGCUUAUCGGCGAGCAUCUACACGGCCAACAUCCCACUGGCUAUUGAGAUUGGGCGGCGUCUCGAGAGCGGUUCAGUUCACAUCAACUCUAUGACGAUCCAUGACGAGGCGCAUAUGCCUCACGGAGGCGUCAAGGACAGCGGUUGGGGCCGAUUUGGGGUGCCUUGGGGAUUUGCCGAGUUUACACAACUAAAAACAAUCACCAUCACAGAUCUUCAUCUGGCAGGCUAA